CGGAGAAUUGAAUAUACUUAAAUUAUUUGAAAUUAGGGUUUUGUAAAGUAGAAGAGAUUGUCUGUAAAUCGACGGAGAUUGUCUAUAAUACCCAUUAUCGUGUUGGUCUUGGUUCUUACCGAGGACGGUAACCACAGGUAGCGGCGGCGGCAACAGCAACAAUGGCUCCUCCCAAAGGCACCUCAAAGAAAUCUGACCCAAAGUCACAGGCACAAAAGGCAGCAAAAGCAGUCAAGGCAGGUGCAAUUACCAUAAAGAAGAGGACCAAGAAGAUCAGAACUUCCGUGACAUUCCACAGACCAAAGACACUGAAAACACCCCGAAAUCCCAAAUACCCUCGACUCAGUGCUCCUCGUAGGAACAAACUUGAUCAGUACGAGGUUCUGAAAUACCCCCUGACAACUGAAUCUGCAAUGAAGAAGAUUGAAGACAACAAUACCCUUGUAUUCAUUGUUGAUGUACGGGCAGACAAGAAAAAGAUAAAGGAUGCAGUGAAGAAGAUGUAUGACAUUCAAACAAAGAAAGUGAACACUUUAAUCAGGCCUGAUGGCUUGAAGAAGGCGUAUGUGAGAUUGACACCAGAUUAUGAUGCCUUGGAUGUAGCAAACAAAAUUGGCAUCAUUUAAACCGACAGACACUUAUAAUUGAAGUUUCAAUUUCACUUGCUUUGAAACAUUGUUUCUCGUUUAUGUUUGAAAGGCUUUUACAUUCUAUUUGAAGCAUACUGUUUAGAUUGUGAACUUGUGUACUACGACACUUGACACUGUUAAUUAUGAGGAUUUUUUUGCA